GGCAUUUUUGUGAAACGAUGAAAUACCGGACUAGAAAGGAAAAUGUCGAGUUGAGUUGUCAAAAAGUUGGCAUUUUUUCCAUCUGUUAUUGGUGUAGCGAGCUAUUUUCAUUAGUAAACGACGAGUAAUUUAUAACUACGAAUACAAACGUGGGAGUACGAGUUGCGUCUAGUUAUGUGAUGACAUAAUUGUGUAAUAAGAAGUGUUGUUAUUCCCGCGAUCUGAACUGGACAUGGACAACGACGCGGAGUCCCCCGCAGCGGCGGCGCCGCUUCCGGAGAUGGAGGGCUACAAAGAGAGCGAAACAGACUACUCCAGCAUCAGAGGAAAGAUGGUGCUGGUGAGUCCAUCGGCAGACGAGUAUGACCUGCUGCGGAAGCAGCUGAUGGAAAGGCUGGAGGCAGGCAAUGGAGAAAUCAUAUAUGACAUAGGACAAGGAGAGGAUGGACGAGGCCUCACAGAGGACGAGUACAGCGCAUCAGUGGCGACGCUACAGUCGCUGGUGAGCGGGUCCCGCGUGUCGUGCGUGGAGCUGCGGCGCUGGGACUGCGGCGGCGGCGACGAGCGCGGCCUGCUCACCGGCCAGUACCUGCUGCGGGCUGAGCGCGACCACACCGACUUCAUGGAGAUCAGAGUGGCAGUAGUAGGUAACGUAGACGCCGGCAAAUCCACGCUCCUGGGCGUGCUGACACACGGCGAGCUCGACAACGGGCGGGGAUACGCGCGGCAGCGGCUCUUCAGGCACAAACAUGAAAUGGAGAGCGGCCGGACGAGCUCGGUUGGCAACGAUAUACUUGGAUUUGAUAGCAUGGGCAACGUUGUGAACAAACCUGACCACGGAACGCUAGACUGGGUCAAGAUCUGCGAGAAGUCUUCCAAGGUCAUCACGUUCAUCGACCUCGCGGGCCACGAGCGCUACCUCAAGACCACCGUGUUCGGCAUGACGGGCCACGCGCCGGACUUUGGCAUGCUUAUGAUAGGGGCGAACGCAGGCAUCGUGGGCAUGACCAAGGAGCACCUCGGGCUGGCGCUGGCGCUCUCCGUGCCCGUGUUCGUGGUGGUCACCAAGAUAGACAUGUGCCCGCCUAACGUUCUACAGGAUAACCUGAAGCUGCUAAUCAGGAUACUGAAGUCGUCCGGGUGCCGCAAGGUGCCCGUGAUGGUGAAGACCAAGGAUGACGUCAUCGUCAGCGCGACCAAUUUCGUCUCGCAAAGGCUAUGCCCAAUUUUCCUGGUGUCGAACGUGAGCGGAGAGAACCUGGAACUGCUGACGAUGUUCCUGAACCUGCUGAAGACGAGGAUGCCGUCCAGCGACGACCAGCCCGCCGAGUUCCAGAUCGACGACACUUACUCAGUGCCGGGCGUCGGCACCGUAGUCUCGGGCACGACGCUGGCCGGCGUGAUCCGACUGAACGACACGCUGCUGCUGGGGCCCGACCCGCUGGGCCGCUUCACGCCCAUCACCGUCAAGUCCAUCCACCGCAAGCGCAUGCAGGUGGCGGAGGUGCGCGGCGGGCAGACCGCCUCCUUCGCUCUCAAGAAGAUCAAGCGCUCGCAGAUACGGAAGGGCAUGGUGAUGGUAUCCCCCGCGCUGGAGCCGCAAGCCUGCUGGCAGUUCGAGGGCGAGAUCCUCGUGCUGCACCACCCCACCACCAUCAGCUCGCGCUACCAGGCCAUGGUGCACUGCGGCUCCAUCCGGCAGACCGCCUCCAUACUGUCCAUGUCGCGCGACUGCCUCAGGACGGGCGACAAGGCGCUGGUGCGGUUCAGGUUCAUCAAGCACCCCGAGUAUCUCAAGCGGGGGCAGAGGAUGGUGUUCCGCGAGGGCCGCACGAAGGCCGUGGGCAACGUGCUGCGGCCCGAGCCCGCCAGCGCGGCGCCGCGCCACAAGCCGCCGCCGCGGCACAAGCAGCGCGCGCCGCCACAGGCUACACAGGGCGACGCCAACGCCAGGGACAACAAUGCAAUGUUUCCCCCACAGGAAGCGGACGUGACGACCCCCGACUCGCCCUUCGAGGUGCAAGCCGACAAGCGCGGCGCGGGAGGGGGCGGGCGGCGCGGCCGCAAGCGCCACGACAAGCCCGAGCCGCCCGCCGUCGCCGCCAACUAGGCUGAGGGGACUAUC